AUUCGGCGCAAUAUGAAUCGUGGAAUGGAUUCGGCACAAACAAACUUGAAAUGAUCAAAAUCAAGCUAAACUGGAGCCGAAAAUGUUCACACCGUAUGAAAUAUCCAAACUAGAAAGCAGCAUUAACUUCGCAAGAUAAAGAAAAGGGACAUCCGACGAAGUCCAUUCGGCUCAUCUGAAACAAUGUCAAAGAAGUUAUCAAGUGUUAGCGUCAAAACGACUAUUGUUGAUACCAAAAGUGAGGCCAAAGUUAACAAAUUACAUGGCGAAAAGACUUCGGAUUUUCAAACCUAAGAAAGCACGCCAAAAGAAAGCUCUUCGGCACCGACCGCUUCGUUGUUGCUGAAAGAUUACUCGCAGUUACUACAUUGUAGCUUUCUGAAGCCACACUUCUGGAGCAAAGAUGUUCAAAUUAUAUGACUGUAGUGCAUUUAGUGCUGAAUUGCUAGAUUUAAUUUUUUUCAAUUUUGCUCUAAAUAUGAAUUAGGAAGAUUGAGUCAUGGUUGGACAUCUAAACUAACACACUAGUUUCUUUCAGUAUGAUCAAAGUAGUUGUGUGCUGUUUGCUCACUCAAUUUCUAGCAAAAUCUGUAUUUGGCGCCACAAUAACAACAAAAACUGAUAAUUCAGCCGAAAGGAAUGUGCAUCAUGCUGCGAACCCUUUCAGUUUCUUCACCGAAUCACCAAACAUGGUAAGCAAGAAUAACAUUUCAUCAUUACAUCACCUAUUACUCGCGUUAGGGUUUCUGCUCUCCGCCACACUCCCCUUCGCUCUCGGAGAAUCCUCCACAUGCUUGACGGUGUACAAAACCGGCGGUGCUCCGGCGGUCUUCCAAUCCCCAAAAUGCCCCCGCUGGAAGCUCUCCGACUACAACGAUUCUCCUCCCCAAACCACCGCGCGUUGCCAAUCCGCCGUGCUCCAAGGCCGCAGAAAAUCUCAAGAGGAUCGCGCUCUCUGCCUCCUCGAUAUUCGCAUUCCCUUCCCCGGUGCCGUUGGGAUCAAGGAGGUUGCGGUUGGGAUUGUGGCGGUUUUCGAUGGUCAUAACGGUGAAGAAGCUAGUGAGAUGGCGUCGAAGCUUUUGGUCGAGUAUUUCGUUCUGCAUACUUAUUUUCUUCUUGAUGCUGCUUAUUCUGUUAUAUCAAAGACGUCGUCGACGGAAACGAUGCUUCACACGAGAGAUCGUGAUCAUGUUAAACUAUUGCAUAGAUGGAAAGAGAUUCUAGGUUUGCAAGGGCAUGAACUGCAUUCCGAAAGGUUUCAGUAUACACUUACUUCAAAAUUUGAUGACUCUUUUCACUUGGAAAUUUUGAAGGAAGCCUUGUUGAGAGCAAUCCAUGAUAUUGAUGCAAAAUUUUCUGAGGAAGCCUCAAGAAAUAAUCUUCCUUCAGGAUCUACAGCAACCAUUGUACUGGUUGCAGAUGAUAAAAUUUUGGUUGCCAAUAUUGGAGACUCCAAGGCCUUCUUGUGCUCUGAAAAUUUUCAGUCUCCUAGAGAGGCUAAAGCCUCAUUAUUAAGGCUAUAUAGGCAGAAAGAGCAUGAUGGUUCUGUUUCUGUGUGGGAUCGUGAAAAGUACAGAUUGGCUUCUUCUCAUGGACUCACUCAUUUUGUAGUAAAGGAGUUGACCAGUGAUCAUCAUCCAGACAGAGAUGAUGAAAGAAUGCGGGUGGAAAAAGCUGGUGGUCAAGUUAUAUAUUGGGCUGGUUUGCCUCGCGUAAAUGGUCAGCUGGCUAUUACACGGGCUAUUGGUGACGUGUUCUUUAAAAGUUAUGGUGUUAUAUCUGCACCUGAAGUGACUGAUUGGCAGCCUCUGACUGCUAAUGAUAGUUAUUUGGUGGUUGCAUCUGAUGGUGUAUUUGAGAAGAUGAGCGUGCAGGAUGUCUGUGAUUUGCUGUGGGAAGUACACCGUUUCAGUAACAUGAGAUCAGAGUGUGCCCCUUCAUCUUCCUAUUCAUUGGCAGAUUUUAUAGUCAAUACUGCCUUCAAAAAGGGCAGUAUGGACAAUAUGGCAGCAGUUGUCAUUCCUCUAGAAUCUGCCAAAUCUUCCACAAAUUCACAUAGAAGCUACACUGAAAAGAAGGAUACAGGUUUCCCAUUAUUUGGUCUGCAGGAACCCUCUUCCAGAAACUCAGCUCAUGGCAUGUCAUCUGAACUAAUCCACUUGGAGCAUCCUCAUUUGGUAGAUACCAAGUUUAAGCGAAUAUUGGUUGAAGGGAAUCAUGGUGAUUUUGGAUGUUUUUAUUUAUCUGAGAAUCUUGAUGAACUUGUGGACUCUAAGGGGCCUGCCAAAAAAACUGACAGGGAAGACCAUUUGUAUGAGCUACCUCCCCCUCCACCAGAUGCCCUUCAUGCUGCAUUAGAUGGUCCUGUAAACUUGUACAACAAGCAAAACUUUUGCUUUCACCUUGGUCCCACUGUCAGUGAAGCCAAAGACCAAUGCAUUAAUCCUGAAGGCUUUGCCAGUUUUAUUGGUAUUCUCGGAUCCAUUCCUUUAAAUGAUACUGGUUCCAAUAAUGGGUCUUCUGAUUAUUCAAUGCCUGAUUUAAGGUAUGUAUUGAAGAAGAGUUAUGGUCGUGGAUCAUAUGGUGAAGUAUGGUUGGCUUUUCAUUGGAACUGUAAUCAAGGUAAUGAUGGUGCAAAAAUGAGCAAGGAUGACAAUAAUAUAAACAGCAGCUCAACUACUACUGAUUGGCAGGACGGGCCUUCUAAUUACACCCUCUACAUUUUGAAACGUAUAAUGGUAGAGAGAGGCUCUGCUGUUUACUUAAGUGGACUGAGGGAGAAGUAUUUUGGAGAAACUUUCUUAAAUGCCUCUACAUGCUUUGAAGAUCUACUAUCAGCUGGAAAAUCAAACUGUGUCUUGGAAACAUCACAAUUUGGUUCAGAUGAUUCAUUUCCAAACAAAUUUCGACCGCAAAGAUCCGCAUAUGAAGAAGGUUUGAACCAUAUUGCUAGAUAUGUGGAGUCAUUUGAGUCUCGAUCCAAUGAGAUAUGGCUUGUAUUCAAUUAUGAAGGAGUGUCAUUGUCAAAACUUAUAUAUACUGUGGAAGAUGCAUCUGAUUCUUCUGAGAAAGAAAGACCUGAGCAAGUAAAACAUGUUCAGAUACUACGUCCAUCAAAGUGGUGGCAUUGGAUGAAAACGACCGAAGAAGGGCAAGAGGAAAUGCGCAAUCUUAUCUGGCAGCUGCUAUUGGCGCUCAAGUCCUGUCAUGAUCGCAAUAUCACACACAGGGACAUUAAACCUGAGAAUAUGGUGAUAUGCUUUGAAGAUCAGGAGACAGGGAGAUGCUUGAAAGAGAUUCCAACAACAGUUAAUAAUUUUUCUACCAAAAUGCGUAUCAUUGACUUUGGAAGUGGAAUUGAUGAAUUCACAUUAAAGCAUUUAUAUGGUUCUACAGGGCCUUCUAGAGAUGAACAAACUUAUGACUAUACAGCUCCUGAAGCUUUACUAAAUGCCACAUGGUUUCAAGGGUCAACAAGCUCAACGAUGAAAUAUGACAUGUGGAGUGUUGGUGUUGUGAUGUUAGAGUUGGUCUUAGGUACACCAAAUGUUUUCCAGAUAAAUGCUUUAACACGUGCUCUUUUGGACCGCCAUCUUGAGGGCUGGAAUGAGGAUGUGAAGAAACUGGCAUACAAACUUAGAUCAUUCAUGGAAUUGUGCAUCUUAGUCCCUGGAAUUUCUGGUAGUGCCUCAAAAAAGUAUCACACAACGAAUCAAGUUGGAGUUUCACCUGCAUCCUGGAAAUGCUCUGAAGAAUUCUUUUCUCGUCAAAUUAAGAAUAGAGAUCCUCUUAAAAUAGGUUUUUCAAAUGUCUGGGCUCUACGCUUAGUGCGCCAUCUAUUACUCUGGGACCCAGAGGAUCGGCUUAGUGUUGAUGAGGCACUGCAGCAUCCCUAUUUCCAGCCUCCCCCAAGAGGAUUAUGAUUUAUGGAAAACAACCAGUGUCUCACUGAAUUAUUCAUUCUCAGCUGAAUAGUUUGUGCCACAAUCUUACUGAUCUGAAAUUUCCAAAUCGGUGAGACUCACUCAACAGAGUUCAAGAUUACAUUUAAUGGAUCAAUAUGAUCAAACGCCACGGGUCCUCUAUCAGUGAAUGAGUCUCACCGAACAGAAGCAGAUAUUGGUUCGAGGAAAAGGUAGAAUAAGCUGAUGUUUCAAGCCUGACAAUAUGAUGCCAAAAUAACUGACUGCUACUAGGUUCCCAAAUAACUGACCAGAACAAAUUAAAAAUAAUAAAUGACUGCUAACUGAUGCACUUAGGACCAAAUGAGCAUCGCAUGCUUGUAUCUGUAUAGAAUUAUAGAAAUAGAAAAGUUGAUGCAAUACAGACAUACAGUAAAGUAGGGAAACGAUGUUUUUUCGUCUUGGGGAAUUAACAUGUACAGCAUAUAUUAAUUUUUGCAUUGGUGUCUCUGUAUAUGGAAUGGUAAGAAAAAGUUCUCGGCAGAACUUACUAAACUUCGCUGAUUCUACAUGUAUAAUGAUAAGCUAAUAUUAAAAAGUACAACUUACCAUA